AUGAAGUUCGCACUCCUUCUCACUUUCACCGUGGCCGUCGCUGCCUUGGCUCAAGACCAAGUUGUCCCAGCCAAAGUCGCUUGGGGCGAUGAGGCCCCUGGCGACGGUUUCGAAAUCGUUGGGGGCCAGGAAGCCCAAUUCGGCAGACACCGUUAUGUGGUUGGGAUCAAGAAGUCGCCCGUUGGUGAGACCUUUUGCGGCGGCAGUCUGAUCGCCCCCAACGUCGUUUUGACAGCGGCGCAUUGUUUGGACGGUGUUGUACCUUCUGUGGUCGUGGGCACGCACUAUUUAACCGGUUUUGCCGACGGGGAACUGGCCAAUGUCACCGAGAAAAUCAAACACCCCAAUGGCACCGACGUGGGCAUCAUAAUCUUGGACCACAACAUCUCGAUCACCCAACCUGUUGCGGUGUCGUUUGAAUUCGUUCCGGCGGACGUGCUCACUUGGGUACGCGGCUGGGGAAACAUCUGGCAUAAUGGCCCCCCAUCUCGAGUGCUCAAGGAGGUCAGCGUCACGACAUGGAACAACACCAGGGCCUCAGCUGCGCUCAACCGUUACAGGCGAGUGACUGAUACGAUGUUGGGUGCAGGGGUGGAAGGAGAAAACUCCUGUCACGGUGACUCUGGGGGACCACUGACCAUCGAAGAAAACGGUACCGUGCGAUUGGUGGGGGUGGUCAGCUGGGGCUUUAAAUGUGGUCUGCUCGACACGCCAGGUAUCUAUGAACGCGUCAGCGCUGCUCGUGCCUUCAUUGAACCGUACUUGCCGAAUUAAAUCAAGCUUGUGCGUGCCAUAAUGAAAGCGACAUGGCCAACAUACACCCACUUGGUUGAACAUACAACCGCCUUGGUUAUGGAAGGCCAAACUCGCUCGUGUAGUGUUUGUGGUAAACAUCGUUAAUUGAUGAAUAACCAUCAUGGUGCA